AUUAUAUUCCUAACAGGAAACAGCCAUUUUCAAACUAAUUUUCUUUGUCAUUUCCUUUCCAGACAGGUUUGGACAGCAGUUUGGUUGAUGGACCCAGAACAGGCCCCAUGGAAAAAGAGCCAUUCAGCCAUGGCAAAGAAGGAAGUUUAAGAGGGACCCUCCCAGCUGGCCUGGCCAAUGGCGGAGGGAAAGCAGUUGCUGGAGGAGGAGCCAUGCUAAUGGAUCCGGGCAUGUGGCUUGGCAGCCCACGCUCCGAGCAGGAAGUCACCUGGGAGAGCGCAGCUGGUGCCCUGAGCCAGGGAGGCUCUUCCAGCAAUGCCAAUUUGGAGGAUGCUCAAAACCUAGUAGCUUUCUCAGCCGCAGCCGAGGCUGCCAUGUCCUCCCAUGGAUUGCCACCUCUCCCAUCUCCUUCCACGUUAAGCAUGCAGCUGUAUGAGAAAUUCAAUGCCGAGAUGAACCAUGAGACAGAGGACGGUUUGGCGGUGCCUCCUCCCAACAGCUGCCCUGGGAUCAAGGAUCUGGAUGCCCUCAAAGCUGCGCUCACUUUGGCCAAGCAAGGCAUGAAACCACCCAACUGCAACUGUGAUGGUCCUGAGUGCCCAGACUACUUGGAAUGGCUGGAGAAGAAGAUCCAAUCAGCCAGUGGAGAAGAGGAGAGCUGCGUUGCCCAGCCCUUCAGCCAAGUUCACCAGCCCCCCUUAGACAGGGGUGCUAAUGCCAAGCAGGGGCCGGCUGCAGGCGAGCAGGCGCCCCUGUGCCCCCUGGAAGCCCUCCCCCUUUCUCAAAGUGCACUGAACAUUGCGAAGGAGAAGAACAUUAGUCUCCAGACAGCCAUUGCAAUCGAAGCCCUCACCCAGCUCUCCACUGUUCUUCCAGAGCCGACCAUGCAGGCCCCUCCCCUUCCUGGGAGUCCCAUGCAAAGCCGGGCCUUUGGCUCCAAAGAGCAGCCUCCCCUCCUCUCAGCACACAACCCCAGCAUGGUGCUACCUGUGUCUAGUGCUGGAAUGUGCCAGAGCCACCCCUCCAGAUCUGAGGUGGGUCACCACUUGCUCCCGACUCCAGUGGCAUCUUCAUUGCCCUCCUGGCCACAGGGGGUGAAAUGUGCUCAGGAUGAAGCCCCCUAUUGCCUUGACCGCAGUAAUGGCCAUCUAGAAUCUGAUGGCCUGUUUCCUACCUGCAACUCUACCCCGCUGAAGGCAGAGUUCACUGAGCGACAGAGGGAAGAUGCUAAGCUCAAGGCCAGAGACUGGGACCUGCACAUCAGCACUUCCCCAUCCUCCUUGGUCAGUGACACCAUGGCGGAGCUGGAGCAGCUGCUGGGCAGUUCUAAUGGCUGCAUGCGAUCGGUCUUUAAGCAGCCGGGAGGAAUCCCAGGCAAAGCAAGAGUGGUCAAACCAAAGCAGGAGCACCUCAUCCACAAGGAUGAAAAUGCCCACGCUGGCUGUCACAACUCCCCCUCUUCCAGCCCACAGUUGUCCCAGCUCCUGCAGGAGAGCAGUCUCCACAAGAAAACCCAGAAGGCCCUGCAGCACCACCUUCAUCACAAGCGCAGCCUCUUCCUUGACCAGAAAGGACCUCAGGGAGGGACCGAGGAGCUGCUGCCCCAGUGGUGGGCUCCCAGUGCUCAAACUCAACUGCCUCCAAAGAAGCUGGAGAAGCCAGUCAAGGAGAGGAAGAAGAAGGCUGAAAAGAGUGGCCCCGUGAAGCCAUUCCGCAAGCAGAUCCAAAUCAAGAAGUCCAGGCAGAAGGAUUCUCAGCCUCUCUUCUUGCCCAUGAGGCAGAUCAGCUUGGAGGAGUGUCGUGCAGCUGCCACUCUCAAGUGCCCAAGCAAAGAGCUUCAACCUGAACAGCUCCUCUCUUCCACUCCUACCAAGUAUUUGUCUCCCGGUUCAAUGGCCACCAGCCUUGCAGAGAAGUCUCCAUUGCAGAAGCUACUUGAAAAUAGAAGCCCAGCUUCCAACACUCAGGAAACCUGCCAUCCUGGCCAGGAGGAGACCCAGCGUUACUUCCCAGAGAAUUCUGUCUGUGAAGUUGCACCCCUAACCAGCAACCCUGUGCUGGGCACUGCUCCAUGCUCUUCUGCUGUGGCUUGCAGUGGUGGGUGUGAGGAAGCCUUCCACAGCCAUUCAACCAACUCAACAGCCCACCCGUUCUUCACCCAGAAUCCUACCGCAGUGGAUGACAAGCUGGAGGAAUUUAUCAAAGAGUUUGAGACUGAGUUUGGUGACAAUUUCAUCUUUCAGAAUCCAGAUCUUCCGGCCCCACUGCUUCUCAAUGAAGGGCCUCUGCCAGCCCAGCCCCCCUCCCCCCUGCUCCCACUCCCUUCUCUGAGCCAGUCUCCAGAGCCACCGGGUGGGUUGGGUGUUGCUCUCCAGCCUUCAGCCCAGGAGGGCACACAACCUUUGGCAGACACUCCCAAUACGGGUCUCAAAGGCUCCCUCUUACCAGGGGCCAGUCAAUCCUUGGAAAACCCCUUUGUCACUCGGUCCCCAAAACACAUAAAGAUAGAAUCAUCUGGUGCUAUUACAGUGGUCUCCACCACCUGCUUUUACUCUGAUGAAAACCAAAACCCAGACCCAGCAACCCUGGAAGAAACUCCAACCAAGAAUCAAGAGCCGUUUAUGCCAACUCUCAGUGGAUUUUUGGAAUCUCCCUUGAAAUACUUGGACACCCCAACCAAAAGUUUACUGGACACCCCUGCCAAGCGAGCUCAAGCCGAGUUUCCAACUUGUGACUGUGUGGAACAAAUAGUUGAAAAAGAUGAGGGGCCAUAUUACACUCAUCUGGGAUCUGGACCAACUGUGGCAUCCAUUAGGGAACUUAUGGAGGAACGGUAUGGUGAGAAGGGGAAAGCCAUCAGAAUUGAAAAGGUGGUCUAUACCGGGAAGGAAGGAAAGAGCUCCCGCGGUUGUCCUAUCGCAAAAUGGGUCAUCAGGAGGCACAACGUGGAAGAAAAACUGCUGUGCCUGGUGAGGCACCGUGCUGGCCACCACUGCCAGAAUGCUGUUAUUAUCAUCUUGAUCUUGGCUUGGGAGGGGAUCCCUCGGUCCCUGGGGGACACCCUCUACCAGGAGCUCACUGACACACUCACAAAAUUUGGAAACCCUACCACUCGGCGAUGUGGCCUGAAUGAUGACCGAACCUGUGCAUGUCAAGGCAAGGAUCCCAACACCUGUGGUGCUUCCUUCUCCUUUGGCUGCUCUUGGAGCAUGUAUUUCAACGGGUGCAAAUAUGCGCGGAGCAAAACUCCCAGGAAAUUCAGAUUACAGGGAGACAAUCCCAAGGAGGAAGAAGUUCUUAGAAGAAGUUUCCAGGACUUAGCUACGGAGGUUGCACCACUUUAUAAGAGACUGGCACCCCACGCCUAUCAAAACCAGGUUGCAAAUGAGGAUGUAGCAAUAGAUUGCCGACUUGGACUGAAAGAGGGACGGCCUUUCUCUGGAGUGACGGCAUGCAUGGAUUUCUGUGCUCAUGCACACAAGGACCAGCACAACCUUUACAAUGGGUGCACGGUGGUGUGUACCUUGACAAAAGAAGACAAUCGCACCCCUGGGAAGAUCCCUGAGGAUGAGCAAUUGCAUGUUCUUCCCUUGUACAAAAUGUCCACCACAGAUGAGUUUGGCAGUGAGGAGAAUCAAGCUGCAAAAAUGGGCAGCGGGGCCAUCCAGGUCCUCACCUCCUUCCCCAGAGAGGUGAGAAAGCUUCCUGAACCAGCAAAGUCUUGCAGGCAGAGGCAGCUGGAAGCCCGGAAGGCAGCUGCUGAAAAAAAGAAAAUGCAGAAAGAGAAACUGAUUACACCUGAAAAAAUCAAGCAGGACGUCCUGGAGCUCCCAACCCUCCAACAGAAUGCAGAUACAGCUUUGAAAAGUGGAUUCUCCCAGCCAGCCAUCAAAUCUUCCAUCAAGGUGGAACCUCAGAGUCAUUAUAAUGCAUUGAAGUACAAUGGGAAUGCAGUGGUGGAGAGCUACUCAGUGCUUGGCAAUUGCAGACCCUCCGACCCAUACAGCAUGAACAGUGUUUAUUCUUAUCAUUCAUACUAUGCACAACCAAAUCUGCCUUCCAUGAAUGGGUUGCAUUCGAAGUUCUCUCUUCCAUCUUUUGGGUAUUAUGGAUUUUCCAGCAACCAUAUGUUCCACUCCCAGUUUUUGAAUUACAGUGAGAACAAGAGUGCACCGUGGAUAAGCAGCCCCUAUGAGAAGAAGCCUGAUGUCCAAAACCUACAAGAUAAUUUGAGCCAUGCUUACAGAAAUACUGAAUUACUGGAUGACACACCACCCACUGUACGGAGCAAAAAUCACCAUCAGCGCACCUACGAGAAAGCCAGCAGACAUGCAAGCAAGACCCCAGUGGUGCCCCAGAGAUGUCACUCAGUCCCUGCAGAGGCCUUGUCAUUUGCACAAAACACAAAUUGUUUCAGCAACCGAACAAUCAAGCAAGAACCAAUUGAUUCCUUGGCACCCACAGAGUCCCUUUCUCAACCAUCUGCUCUCAAUGGCCUGCAUUCAAACCUGAGCCCAUCUGAUUUAUCCAGGUUAUCUCAGAAUGCUGGUCCAGAGCAACAAUGGAGCCCUUAUAAAGUCAACAGAAAUCAGUCCCAACCUGAGAGAAAUAGUAAUGCUGAAAGCUCAUGGAACAUGUUUACACCAAACGACAGUGCCAGCAUGCUUAAUGCAAGAACCCAGAAUAAAUCAAAUUUGUUUGGUUCUCAUUCAAAUGUUAGCAGGUUAUCCCAAUCCUACCUUUUGGAGAAACAGUGGAAUUUGUUUCCUGGGGAGGGGCAGAAUCUGUCACCUAGCCCUGAUCUUCUAGGGAAGUCGUGGAGCCCUUGCAAAGUGGAUGAAAGCCCAUCCCUGUUUUCUGCCAAUCCAGACCUUCAGGAGAAAGCCUGGGGCCUCGGGCAAUUGGACUUUAGUUCCAUCAAAGGGAGCUCCAGACUUCAAGAUGAACUCUGGCAUCCUAGUAAAGGAGAGGAGAGGAGAACUCCAACACCAAACACAGGUUUACAGAGCAGAUCAUGGACUUCCUUUGCAUCGUUGCCCUCUACAACCUCAAGUGUUUGUGGGGAGAAGCCCCCAUUUGCUUCCUUGAAAGAAGAAGGAAGUGCAUCAUUGCUGGGGGCUGAAAGACCCUGGGAUUCAUUCAGUUUGGAUGACAGCAUGGAAGAAACACCCGAGAAGAACAUCAAGGAAGAAGAAGAUGAUGAAGAGGUCUGGUCAGACAGUGAACACAACUUUUUGGAUGAAAACAUUGGUGGGGUGGCAGUAGCUCCAGCCCACGGCUCCAUCCUCAUUGAGUGUGCAAGGCGAGAGCUGCAUGCCACCACCCCACUGAAGAAACCGAACCGAUGUCACCCCACACGCAUCUCUCUGGUAUUCUACCAGCACAAAAACUUGAACCAGCCCAGUCACGGACUUGCCCUUUGGGAAGCAAAAAUGAAACAGCUGGCAGAAAGGGCAAGGGCGAGGCAAGAGGAGGCAGCCAGGCUCGGCCUUCAGCAAGACAUCAAAAACCUUGGCAAGAAGCGGAAGUGGGGAGGCAACUUGGCCGUUGAGCCCCAACAUAAGGAGAAGAAAGACUGGGUCCCGAAGAGGCAGGCUUUAGCCAUUCCCACCAACUCAGCGGUCACCGUGUCCUCUUAUGCUUACACCAAGGUAACGGGACCGUACAGCUGCUGGAUAUGAGAAGAGGACAGCUCUCCGGGGCCACUUUACCUCAACGCGGGCAGCACUGAAAUGUAGUGCUGGUCUGUGGUGCUUUUUCCUUUGGAGAGGAACAGAAUAUCAAGCCAGAUGUGAAGUUUCUGUACUUUCACUUGGGAGUUGAGUUAAAGACUUAUUGCUGUCAACCUUUUUCAGUAAUCUCGUAUUUAUAUCUUUGCAUUUUAAAUAUGUAUAUCACAGUAAUGGUAAAAGAAAUUUAUAGUGUCCUUUUAAAAAGGACAACUUUUUAAUUCCAUGUCCAAUACUUCUGUAUAUUGGAUUUUUAACUGCAAUUAUUACAACUCUGAAGCAGAUUAUUUGAUUAACAAAAAAGACAACACCCCACAAUAAACCAGGUACAAAUUUGCACCUGUUGGGGCUGGUAAAUAUUUUCCUUUGGAGGCCACCCAGAAAGACGGGUUUCCAAUUCAAUCAAAGGACUGUUUGAAUAAAGUUCAGUGGUUGAUGCAUGGUGGUUUCUUACUGAUUCAGUAGGUUCCAGUGGCUGAUAAAAUAUGGAGAGAAGGCAUAUGGCGUUCCAGAUAAGCAACCAUUCCCUGCUCAGUUGUCUGAACAAGAUUUAAAAGUGUUCAAUUGACAUUGCCUUCUCUGCUUCAGAUUUCAGUAAGAUGAGCUGGACCCUUUCUAGUCUUCUACCAGAUCCUGAACAGUAGCAUAAAUAGUGAAGCUUGAGCAGGAAAAAAAAGGAAGGAAAACAGAGGAUUAUGAGAUCUACCAGCAGAUACAUUUUGCUUUUGUAAAUUUCAAGGCACAUUUUAUCUCUAUCAUCAGGUAAAAGAAAAGGAUAGUGAUUCACACCACAGGCAGUAGUUUUACUGCUCCAUUUUAAAUAAUUUAUUCAGUGAGUCCAGUUUAAUUUGGAGGGAGGCAGGAAGUUUUUAAAAUGAAGUUCUCACAGAGAAGGGGAAAAAGGAAAUGAAAGUGGAAGCCAAGAAAAAUCUAGGGAAAGACAACUUAGGUAAAAUAACCUUUGGCAUCUUGAUUUCUUGCUCUUUAUUCCAUGAGAAUAAUGAAUGAAACUCCAUAGUAAGGACAUAAGAUUCCUUUUUUUAUUUUGUUAGCAGUGCUAUUUAACGUAAUUUUUAAGUUUGCAGUACUGUACUAUAUAUCCAUGCUAGUUUCCUGGGAUGGGAAACUAGUUAUGCUUAUAAUAAUAGUGACAAGCAAUGCUAAUAAUAAAAUGGCAGCUCAAACUACUGUAUCUUUAAGAAACCACUCCACAAUACCUUUAAUGAGCAAAUACACAACCUUUUUUAUCAUCUCUGGUGCAGUCGGAUUAAUAGGGGGACUUCUUACUGUAUUUUCCAGUGGUGCAGGCUUACCAAACAAAAUAGUUCCCCUUGCAAAUAGUUGUCCUAAAAUAUAAACAAAUGUAUUGCAAGAUUUAUUUUACUUUGCCACCUUUGAGAGGAAAGGAGAAGUAAACUUAUUUGGUCACUAAUUCAGUACAGCAUAGCUGGUGCUUCGAAAAUGUUGAAUCCAGUGUUUAAAACUAAUCUGUCAUUCUUAGUCUUCUCUUAAUAAGAUGCCUGAUCUUUCUAGGUAACUACAGAUCUCUGGCGCUAGAUAUUCCCUGGCCUAAAGUGAUGGUGGGAGAGCAUCCUUCCUAAAUUAGAAUUGAAUUCAGUUCAGUCCAGUUUCAUCAUUUUGCUUAAACUACAUGAACAAUAGCUUUGGGCAUUUCACUUGUUUUAUAUCACUUAUUGAUCAUAAUGACAGAAGUAUAAAUGUUUUAAAUUGCCUAUCAUGAGUAAGUGGAUCCUUGUAUGGUUUCCCCCCAAAUCAUUUGAAUUUCACCCUUUAUUAGAAAAGUUCUGAGCGAAAGCAUGAAGAGCUAUUUGGUUUUUAAAUGCUCCCAUCGAAUCUCUGUGGAAAAUACCCAUUGAACUCCAUGGAAAUUGGAGAUGGGAGCUCUCAAUCCUGGAGGUGGCACCUUUGAAACAUUUCCACAUUCUCUUUUGUGCCACCUUCAGAUUGGGAGGUGGCAACUCUUAUGAUAAAUUUAAGAAUCCUUGCCACCUUUUACUACGGGUCUUUCUGUAGAAAAACGGAGAUCUCACUCCUUCACCAGGGUAGAUCCCCACUGGCUUUAAUAAGCCAACACGAGUGGUUUCUCAGUGGUGCAGAAGGCAGAAGAAUCAAACCUUUUAAAGAUCACCUUCUGAACUUAACCGGUGCCUUUUGAGAAAAGAUGGCUUGCAGAUCCAACUCUGUACAUAACAUUUGUUUACUAGGAAACUUUCUCAGUCCUUGCGCCUCGCAGCAGGAGCAAUGGGGGGGGGGGGAAUCACUGUAGAGCAUCCUGCGUGUUUUAUGUGGUUCUGAUUUUAAACUGUAAAUAGCAAAAAAAUAAUAAUUAAAAAGCACUUUCACCAAGAUUUAAAAGAAAGAGAUACCCAAUAACUUGAAGAACAGUAUGUUUUAAAGCAGAUUAUUGUGGGAUAAAUGUAAAUAGAAACAAAAUAUUUAACAAGCUUUUCCGUCCUUAAUUUCUUUUGUUUACUGUAUUCUGUAAAAUUGCUUAUAUUUUGCAAGGAGAAUCAAUGAAUUAUAAUUGAUUUUGUAUGCAUACCUAUGAGCAUAUCAUAGCUGUUAAGGCAUUUAUAGGAAAUGUUCUGAGUGUCAUAGGAUUAUACAGACACCAGCCACUAAUUUUCCAUUGGUGUCAAUCAGCCAGGUUUCAGGGCAUCUGCACCUGCACUCAGUUAAACCCAAAGUAAAACGGUUAAUCAUUGGUCCUGAAUUGUAUCACUUCAGAGUCCAGGUACAAUUUAAGAGCCUCUUUGUUUCAAAUUAAGAUGGUUGGCAGAAGGAGAAGUAUUGAGAAGAGGUUGCUUUCAAGCAGGGGGAAUGAACUGGGCCAUGCAGUCCGUAAUGGUUCCAUCCAGGAGCCCCCUCUGAACAUCCAGUCACGAGACACAAUUUCUCUCCCUUGUUAGGCCAACUUCAUGCCUGUCUCCCAUGGAUCGUUUUGAGGUGGAUCUAUUAACUAGAAAAGAAUCUCUUCCACCCCGAUAUUUUGUAUGGUUUGUUUAAGCUUAUGUAAAUUCCUUGGUUUAGUGUCUCAUUUGGUAAAUGUCGCUGGGGCGACCUGAAAGCUUCACUUAAAUUAUUUUAGAGAACAAGAAUUUGUAAAAGUAUAUGGAAAAGAAGGGGCUCCGACACAUCUGACUUGUUGAAAUAAUAUUAGUUAUUCAAGUUCUGCCUUUGGAACUGUCCAGCCUGGAGAUUAUAAUUUUCUGAGCAGGAAAUCUUGUCCACUGGACCUUCCACAAAAGGAGGGUUCCAUGUUCUGACUCUUCAAAAACCAGGAACUACCUGAGGGUCAAGAAGUGUUGAGCUGGUAGAUCCCAAGAUCAGUUUAUACACAGAAAAGGAGAAAUGCUAAUGUAAAGGUCGGCUCCGCAGCUGCUUUUAUUUUCACUAGUAAUCAAAAAGGACCAAAUUAUGUUCUUUGUUCAAACUUGUGCAAAUCCAAAGCAAGUUAAACUGGAAUCACUAGUUUUUACUGAAAUAGCAUACCUUUUGAAGGCCUGAAUUACUGUGGUUCAAAUAUAAAGAAAUCUGGUCAUAAGUCAGUAUUAAAUCUAUAGAAUGUGAAUGCCAUCAAAAUCUGACACGUUUGUUAUUUACUGCAGUUCAAAAUCACAAAGUAAACAUACAAUUCAAAAUACAAAUAGAAAAUCACAGAAAACAGAGUUACCAUGGAUUUCAUGGUUGAUUAUACUUUUUCACAUGCCUGAUUUAACAUAAAGAUGUUUUAAGUAAAAACAAGACUGAUCCCAGAUAAAUUUAUGUUUUUAAUACAAAAAGUCAGCUGCAGUCUGAGGUUUUCAUGCUAUAUAUAAAACCUACCUCGUAUCUCAGUUGUGAAAAAAAAGUUUGCUUCAUAAUUACAUGUGAAAGAUAGAUCGAUGCACGGGAUUCUCUGCUUUAGUGUUGUGGAUAGAAGUUAGAAAUUCUUUUCAUUGGCUCUGUCAUUUUCUUCUGGUUGGUACAAUUCAGAAAAUUGUAGGACGCAGUUUAUUUGUAUUUAGGAGUGUAUGGGUAGAUGUCAUCUUAAGACUCAAAGAUGACAGAGUGGGCUGCUGUUGUGUCAACUCACAAGGAGAUUUGUAGGGCUAAUGAUGCUAUUAAUUUCUUGCAGUAAGCUUGGUGAGCACUGCCAGUUUGCACUUGUGACUGAAUAUCCUAAGAUGUAGGAAGUCAAGGUGCUAGCCACCCAGGUCAUUGCAUUGUCUUCUGUAAAAGCAUGAAUAAAUGUUCCAAGAAUUGUCUUUUGAACCAACGCGUCAAAUAUAGCUGAACAUUCAUAAAUCAACAGCAAAAUAAAUAUAAUACUGAAAUGUAUUGGAGGAAGCGUGAUGAUGGAAAGAUGUUAUUAAGUGCCAUCAAGCUUAACCCUGGUGCUAUAGGCAAAAAAAAAAAUCCAUAAUCCCUGGAAAAGUUCUUGAAAUGUUGAAUUGUGUUGCACAUGAAGACUUGGCUAGUUCUCAUUGACUUCUCUGGGAGGAGUUUGAGGUUGUUUGGCUAUAGGACACAGCCUCUGCUUUGGGCACUUGAAUCUCUUUUUGUCAAAUCAGGAGUUGUUCCCAUCAGUCAUUCUUUAUGCACAAAGUAUGGGAGGGUCAAGUGGCAGAUGUACAGUUGACACAAGUCCUUUACCAGUUUUUCAGCUUGACAAAAAUGGCUGUUUGUAUGCAAAACUUGUUACAAACAUUUAAUAGGUAUGUGUCUCCUUGUUGCUGCUUUGUGAUGAGUAGGCAGCUAAGAAGCAUCAAAAGAAGGCAUCACAGUGUAUGCCUUUUUUGCCCAACAUGCCCCCCCCCCCAGCUCCCUCAUGUGCAGGGAUUCCAUUAGGUCCAACUGAGUGGGGAAGACUGGGAACGCUCACCUAGGCUCAGCUCCCACUCAACUAUAGACAAAAGAGGAAGAAACAAAAUAUUCUGAGAUGAUUCAGCUGAUGGUGCAUAAUGCCAGGAUGUGCUUUGUAGGCUCAUUUAAAGGCAUAUUUUUCAUCAAGUAAAAUCUUGUAAUAAAAAGGUGCUACCUUGAUGAGUUCUUUAAAAACAAGUUGCUUUUUAAGGCGAGGGAACAGAUUCCAUCUUGCUUAGGUGCUAUUAUCUAACCAGAGAACUCUACAAUUAACUAAAAACAGAAAGGUUGAGUAUUUUAAAUAUUUGUAGUUUCUAAAACUUCUAUUCUGGAUCUAAAAUACCUAACUGUAUAAUCUGAUUUCAUUUACAUAUAUGUAGAUCCUGGACAGAUAACUUUGGUUUAAGUGACAGUUCUGCACUCCUAGGGCUGGUUCUGAGAAUAUAAGAUUUGUAGUUUUACAAAAUUCACAUCUCUGGAAAGGGCUUUUGGGAUCAAGCUACAAAUUGUUUGAUACAAAUGGGUAAAUGAAAACCUGUUUCUUUAAAAUAAAGAAAAGGUACUGCAACCUGUACUCACAGCAACACUUGUGCCAAUUUAGCAAGUGUGCAUGGUGCAACAAUCCAUAUUACUGUAUAUUGGUAACUAUUAUGCAAAACUAUGGGUGCUUAAUUGAAGUUUUAAGGUCACUCCGAGAGAGCAGCUAUUUGUAAAAGCAGCAUAGUUGCCACCUUACUUGGCUUGCUGGCUUGUUUGCUUUCAUUGUUACCAGCAAACACUUUAGAGCUGUCACCCCAGUGCUGCUUGCCUUGUUGAACCAUAGUUAGACAUCAGUGUGAGCAUAUUUAUUGAGGUCAAUAUCAAUCAAGAGUCCAGCCUGUUAGCAGGCUAGGUUUGGGCAGGUGGUGUGAAUGUGGAUUUGAUCAUACAAGUUUGGCUAAUCUUUAGUCUAAUAAGUCAGCUUCAACCUGCUAUUAUGGCUUUGUGUAUUUGCUAUUUGUAAGUAGAUGUGUCUAAAACUUUUACAAAAUACUAUUUUGGUGCUAUUUAUUUUCCAUUUCUUCAGUCUCUCUUCACUUUGGUUCACAGAAUUUGCUUAAAGUGAAUAGAAUCAGGAUUUUCUCAUAUAAGCUUGCUGUUACCACAAUACAUUCAAAAUACCUCAGAAAACAGAGUAUUGUGGCAACCUGUGAUUCAGUUAUAAAUAAUGGCAUGGCUGCAAAUAUUAGAAAUAAGAUUAUGUAUUUUAUUAAUUCAACACUGUACUUGACAUCUUAGUAACUGUACAGCCUUUUGCAUUCUAUUCUUGGGCAAUUUCUCACUUUCAAUGUUAAUGAACUAUCUUGAGGAAUAUUCUAGACUAGAGCAUUUAAGAGAUGGUGCAUUCUUUACAGGGCCUUCCUGAAAUAGCUCAUAGCAGAAUGUGACCCACAAGAGAAAAUAGUUUUUGAAGUAACAUCUUAAGAAAAAUAUGAUCAGUAAUAAAAUAGUUGUUUUAAUUAAAAAUAAAAAAUUGGCAUAAUUGAUGGAUUUAAGAAAGUUUUUCUCUCUUUUUCUGCAAAAGCAUUUUUCUUAUAAAAGUUUUUGGGGUAGGUUCAACAGGAUCCUGAUUUUAUUAUCAGGCACAACCAAAAAAAGGACAUGACUUUUCAAAGCUACCAUCGAGUGAUUCUUAUAUGGCUGAUUAGUAAAAUGAAAGCAAGAUUAGUGCUGGAUGAUCAUGACAAAAUUUAACCCGAUAUGCAAAACUAGUGAUAUACCUAAGUGGAUUAAACCUUCAGUAAAAAUAUCUUUAAAUGAUGCCACUUUACACUUUUAAUAUCUGGAACAUUGCUUUCAAGAUGGCAAAAUGUAGCUGGUACAUUGAAGAGCAAACUAAUCUUAUUACUGUCCCUUUUAAAAGCAAUGAAUGCAUUGAGACUUUGCAUGCAGAAAGAUUAUUAUUACAUGGUCAAAACAUGUUUUUUUUAAAAAAAGUUUUUAUUAUUCUUGCCCAAGCAUAGUAAAGCAAACUGGCUAUGUUUUCUUCUGCUCCAGUUUCAGGGAUUUAUUGUUAUUUUACGAUGUUUGGUUGAGCACCUGCUUUUGGAGAUUUACUCCCUGCUAUUCAGUCUAUGGAAAUAUCUAUUUAGCUGGCUUUUGGCAUUUAUUUUUUAUUCAUAUCUGUCUUCUAAACAAAUGUUAUAUCAGUCUUUUAGAUGCUUUUUUUAAUUUAAAGAAAUGAGGAAAAUACCAGUUUGGAUUUGGCAGACUAAUUCAGUUAACAGAAGGCUGUGACUACUCAAGGGGUUGGAUUUCUUGUCUCCUUGAAUUCACAUUUGGUAAAUGAGACCUCCAGCGGAGGCUACCUUGUGACCCCACGUGAAGAUUUCUUUGUUGAUUUGACUAUGGCUACUUGAAAUGAAGUUUUAUCUGGGGUUGGUUGACAACAGUAGAUUUACAAUGUCUCAAGGCAAUAGGACUUGUGUAUUAAACUGUAGAUAACCUUAGUACAGUAAGUCUAUGCUGAUAAUUUUAUUUUGUAUAAUUUCCUUAUUUUUUCUUUCAUACUUUUCCCCCAUCAAUGUCUUGGCAAAUUUAUUUUUAGGAUGCAAAAAAUGGCAAGUAUGAAUCUUUCUUUUUUUUAAUUUGUAUUUUAUUAUGUUACACAGCCAACUGGUUUGUGAAAUGUAUUAUUCCGGAUAUCUUAAACUAUUGUGGGUGUUUUAAUAAAUUUUAUAUUUAUUUUUUGCA